UGGAAGAAGCGAUCGAGAGGAGUCGAAGUUUCUAGCUUCAGCUACCUUACAACUUGGUCUGUAAUAAGGCGAAAUAUCACAGGGUAACGUAACAAAGUAAUGAGGACAUUAGAAGAUGAUAGAUGGAUAGUUGAAUCAAUUUCUGAACAAAGGAAUCGUCAGUAUAAGAUCUCAGACGGGAAUUGUUUUAAACAGCGUUGGAAUAAUAUUAAUGAUGAGCUCAAAUAAGUUGGUUAAUCUACGGCGUCGUUUGAUGCUAUAAUCCUUGUGCUAAUCUUUGUUUUAGUAAGUAAAUCUCGACCUUAGAGAUACGAGUGGAUAAAAUAAAUAAAGUACUGGAUAAUGUGAACAGUAGAAACUUUCUGUCCAGUUUUGCAGCUGCCCCAAAAUCGUUUUAGUGAGAUACGGAGCAAAAACAUUAGUUUAACAACUGGAUUUAAUGGACACCUGAUGGAAAGUAUUAAUGUAACUGCGAUGGUUUUCUUUUUAACACGAGCAGGAAAUGAAAGUAUGCAUAUUUAAAGAUAACCAAUCGAAGGAUAAUAGCUUACAUGAAUGAUUAAUUCCGAAAUAUUCGAUGUACAGUUUUCUCUUAUUUAAAAGAUUUAUACAGGCAAUGUAAUGUAAAAAUAAAUAACUUCAAACGAGAUUAAUAGUGUUGGCUGAGCGACUGACUUAGGAAUUGUGUAUAAAUGAACAACGUAUGCAGUGAUUCAUCACAGACAAUCGGGAAAAUUUUACUUUGAAAUUAAUCAAAGUUGAAAACAAUGGCCAAUUUUUUAUCAUGGAUUAUAAUCUAGGAAGAAUGCUAUCACUUUAGCCAGGAAGUCACAAUUACGUGAAACCAUAAUUUUUAUCAUUUACAUACGAACUUGAACUCGCUCGCUUCAUCUGGAUCUAGGGUCUUUGACAACACAGAAUGUAACUCAAAUAAUGCGACAUUGACAGGUAUCUUUCUCUGCCUGUGAUUUCCGUAUCACUUUGAUCUUGAAUCUCGUAUUGGAUAGAACAGCAACAAAUAAUGAGAGAUAUAAGUGAGAUAACCAAGGAUUAAACAAUGCGAUGGUGCAGCGCCAUAUAUCCCGCAGCACUCGUUACAUUCACUGUUUGGAUAAGUUGCAAAGGCGAUUACACCCAAUGUUCCAUGGAUGAAUGGCCGUGCAAUGGAACCAAUGUCUGUAUUGAAAAGAGGAAGUUAUGCAAUGACGUCAGAGAUUGUGAGAUGGGGGACGACGAAAUGGAUUGUUCGGAUCAUGACGCUGAUGAAUACUGGAACCAGCUGUUUCCUAAACGUCCAGAUGAAGAUUGGCACCGAGAGGUUUCUGUUAAUGGCCAACAGAAUAAGAGAUGCGAUUCAGUCAACGUGCCAACAGAAUGUAUAUGCACACAAUCAAUGAAAAUCUUCUGCAAAAACAAGGAGCUCCGAGAUGUUCCCAGCAAUAUUCCAGCUACAACCACAGUCCUUGAUAUAUCUGGCAACAGAAUUGAUCUGUUACGACAGGAGCACCUGUCAAAUCUCACCAAUCUGAAGGAGCUGCUCAUUAUGCAGUCCGACGUUGUUAGUAUUGCACACGAUGCCUUCCGUGAUCUAGCUGAACUUACGAAAUUGCAUCUACAGUCCAAUCUUCUGACGAAAAUUCCAAAUGCUCUAUUUGAGAAUACAUCUUUAAGGGAAAUAUCUUUGUCCUACAAUUCUUUGGGGGAAUUAAGAAAGGGUUACUUUAAAGGUCUGCACAACCUGAAAAUCUUGCGGUUGGACAAUUGUGGCAUUAAACUGAUAGAGGAAGGCACUUUUUCUGAACUGCCUGCAUUACAACAGUUGUACCUAGGAACUAACAGAAUCGGAACUAUCGUUAGAAGUACAUUUGAUAAUCUGUCUAACUUAAGACAACUCUAUCUAAAUGAAAACAGCAUCUCUAUGAUCGAAGCCAAAUCUUUCCUACACCUGACCAAGCUGAGGCAUUUAGUGAUGCAUGGCAAUUUCAUCAAGGUAAUCAAGAAGGAAACGUUUCUCAACCUGAAGAGCUUGUUAUUCCUGGACCUGAACACUAAUAAAAUCGCAUCAAUUGAGGCUGGUUCUAUGUCGUCCCUACGUAGUUUAACGUCAUUAGACCUGUCACAAAAUAAGCUUACUGAGCUGGAAGUACCUUUUGGUAUAUUUAGGCAGAUGAAGAACUUAUCGUUUAUAUAUUUUGACGACUUCACCAUGUGCGUCUACGCACUUCACGUUCGUAACUGUUAUCCAAAAGGGGAUGGAAUCUCCAGCAUGGAAAACCUAUUAGAAAAUGGGAUUUUACGAAUCAGCGUCUGGGUCGUCGCCUCAUUGGCAUGUAUUGGUAACUUCAUCGUCCUUCUCGGGAGAAUACUAAUCAAAGAGGACAAUCAGAUUCACUCAUUCUUCAUCAAAAAUCUCGCCCUUUCUGAUCUCUUCAUGGGAAUAUAUUUAUUCAUCAUUGCCUCUAAAGACAUCAUGUAUAGAGGGGAGUAUUUAUUGAAACUGAAAACCGAGUGGAGAGGUAGCUGGCAGUGUAAUUUAGCUGGUGUUUUAAGCACAGUGAGUAGCGAAGUAUCGGUACUGACACUAACUGUGAUCACCUUCGACAGAUACAUUUCAAUCAUGUAUCCACUUCACCUGAAGAAGCGGAGCAUAGCAACGGCGUACACAAUAAUGUUGGUGAUAUGGUUACUAUGUUGCGUAUUAACAACGAUGCCCCUGUUUCCAUCGGACUAUUUCGGGGACACAUUUUACUCUAGCAAUGGAGUGUGUUUACCUCUUCAUGUACAUAAUCCCUACGAGAAUGGAUGGGAGUAUUCCCUCUUUCUUUUCGUUGCCAUAAACUUUGCUGCAUUUUUGUUCAUCUCAUAUGCAUACGCUUUGAUGUUUGCGACUAUACGAAGGUCACAGAUGUCGCUAAGGUCAACACAAGAAAACCAAGAGACGUCACUGAUGAAGCGUUUCUUCUUCAUUGUGAUGACAGAUUUUAUAUGCUGGAUCCCUAUUAUUAUUAUCAAAAUAGCAGCUUUAUCAGGUGCUAAAAUCAAUAAGGGAUUCUACGGCUGGGUUGCCAUAUUCAUACUACCAGUAAACAGUGCACUGAACCCAAUCCUGUAUACAUUGACGACAAAACUCUUCAAAAAACAUUUCAUGUCACGUGUCUAUCGUGUUUUCUGGAGAAGUAACAGGCCUGCGGAUGCCAUUGAAACACGUGCAAGUGGUGGCUCUGUCCUUGUAAGGCGGAUAUCAUCACGGAGCUCACAGGUUGUAGAAUUUGACUCUAUUCCAAGGCGUGAUUCUUCUCUCAUGUCUCGCUCUUCCCGUGGCAGUAGUAACAAAUCCGGGAAUAAAUACACAAACGGUAUUCAAUAUUGCGCUAGAUGCAAGAGUAUGCAUAGCGUUAACUCACACAGGCCCGUUUACAGGUACCAAGAUAGAUCCGAGAACAGGAACUCCGAUCAAAGUCCGGGUUUAAACAGGGAACUAAGUUGGAAAGGUAUAAAUCCGUGCUGUGCUUCUUCUACAAUGAAGAGCCCGUCUUCCAGCACGUACACAGCCAGUUUGACGUGUAUCGUCUCUCCCGAGAGGAACUUAGAACAAGACCAAGUCAAGAUGAGUCUAAUGAAACACCAUGAUGAUUGUUGAAUAUGACGUCAAUGUGAGUCAUUUGAAAUGAACGCAGAACAAGGUGUAGGCAUUGAUUCCCCAUCGUGCUGAUCAUGUAAAAGAUCCUCGAACGCUUUGUCAAAUCAGGAGCUCAUCCACAAGAAAUUGCGAUUCUUGAUUUGUGUGACCAAGUACUUUGUGGAGGAUUAAUAGAGUAAGCCCGUGUCACAACAUAUCGUGAUCUUGUGAUAAAUACACCUUUGUAACUAGCCAUCGCUGGAAUGGGAAGACAGUAGAUGCUUUGUAAAAAAAUGGUCAUCCCCUUACAUCCCCUUACAGAUCACGAGAGAGGAGGAACUUCAGCAACGUUAAAAGUACGGGCUACUACUUCGGAAUUCGGAAAUCGGGAAAUUAAAUGUCUCGGGAAAUUAACAACUUA